GAAACGACUGAAAGCUCGCGCUGACUACGCAACUUUGGCAGUGUCAAGAGUUUCGCUAUUAGUUUAGUACGCAGAACGCUGUUAAAUCACAAGCUCGCACUGACCGAUUGCUGAAAAUAAUUUUUUUGUGCGUCGCUUCUAUUGUUUUUCUAAAAAUGUCCGUCACCGAGUUUCUGCUCGCCACACUGCUGGGACUACUAGGGUAUGCGGUCUACUGGCUGCGUCAACGUUUCAUGUAUUGGGAGGUGCGCGGCAUUGCCUGUGAGAAGCCAAAUUAUUUACUCGGCAAUUUAAAUGGCAUACGCACGACACGUUCGUUUGUGGAGAUAUGGCUGACAACGUACAAAAAAUUUAAGGGAACUGGCCCAUUUUGUGGUUUCUUUUGGUUUCAACGCCCUUCGGCUUUCAUUUUGGAUACAAAACUGGCCAAGGCCAUACUUAUUAAGGACUUUAAUAAUUUUGUUGAUCGCGGCUUCUACACAAAUGUGGAGGAUGAUCCGCUCACCGGACAGCUAUUUCUCUUGGAGGGACACAGAUGGCGUGCAAUGCGCAAUAAACUAUCGCCCACCUUCACAUCCGGUAAAAUGAAGUAUAUGUUUCCGACUGUGUGCCGUGUGGGUGAGGAGUUUGUACACGUUGUGGCGCAGGCUAUUGAGAAGGAGCAGGUUUUGGAGGUACGUGAUUAUCUAGCGCGUUUCACCACCGACGUUAUCGGCACUUGUGCAUUCGGUAUUGAAGUAAAUAGUUUGAAGAAUCCCAACGAUGAAUUCCGGCGCAUGGGCAAACGAGUCUUCACUGAUUUGCGUCACGGAAGAUUCGGUUUGGCAUUGCUAAAUAGUUUCCCGAAAUUGUGUCGAAGGCUACAUAUUAAAAGUACACCCGAUCAUAUCACAGACUUUUACAUGGGUCUUGUGCGCGAAAAUAUCGCCUACCGUGAGAAGAACAAUAUACGCUGCAAUGACUUCUUUGACAUGCUGCUGGAAUUGAAAAACAAUAAAUUGUUAAAAUCAGAAGACGGUCAAGAUAUGAGCAUCACCGUUGAAGAAUUAGCCGCUCAGGCCUUUGUAUUUCUCAUUGCCGGCUUCGAGACGUCGUCGACCACCAUGAGCUUCGCAUUGUACGAACUCGCACAGCAUGAGGACAUACAACAGCGUGUGCGUGACGAAGUCAUUGAAGUUCUGGAGAAACACAAGGGCGAAUUCACUUAUGAAUGCAUGAAAGAAAUGGUCUAUUUGGACCAAGUCAUUUCCGAAACACUUCGCCUCUAUACUGUGCUUCCCGUGUUAAAUCGUGAGUGUCUGGAGGAGUAUCCAGUGCCGGGUAACCCGAAAUUUGUCAUCGCCAAGGGUAUGCAAGUUGUUAUACCCAGCGCUGCAUUUCAUCGUGAUGCUGAUAUUUAUCCCAACCCCGACACGUUCGAUCCCGAUAACUUUACACCCGAGAAGGUGGCCCAGCGUGAUGGUGUUGAAUGGUUGCCUUUCGGCGAGGGACCUCGCAAUUGUAUUGGCAUGCGGUUUGGUCAAAUGCAAGCUCGUAUUGGCUUAGCUAUGCUCUUAAAAAACUUCAAGUUUUCCGUGUGUGAGAAAACUCCGAUUCCGAUGACAUUUGACAAGAUCAACUUUUUGGUGCAGUCUGAGCAUCCCAUUUGUGUGUAUGUUGAGAGAGUAUCACCCAAUUUCAUACUGGCUUUGAACAGUGUGAUUAGUAGCUAUCGGCCCAAUAGAAAUAGGAAUUCUUGCUAUGAAAUGGCACACCCUGUACGCGCUCAUUUACCCAGCGGAACGAAAAUGAUUAUAUUCCCAAUACUGUUGGCCAUUGUGCUGGGUCUUGUGGGCUACGUAAUGUACAGCCUGCGUCAAUCUUUAACUUAUUGGCAGGAACGUGGCAUACCAUGCGAAGAGCCGGAUCCCCAAGCUGGAAAUACAAUUGGUUUGUUCAGGACACGCCGCUUUGCUGACAUUUGGAUGGACACCUAUAAAAAAUUCAAAGGCAGCGGACCCUUUUGUGGAUUUUAUUGGGGUCGUGCUCCCAAUGCGUUUGUGUUAACACCAGAGCUGGCCAAGCUAGUGCUUAUAAAAGAUUUUAAUAAAUUCGCUGAUCGUGGAUUUUACAGCAAUCCGAAGCACGAUCCGCUGUCCGGGCACCUUUUCUUGAUGGAUGGUCACAAAUGGCGUAGCAUGCGCUCUAAGCUUUCGCCAACAUUCACCUCCGGUAAGAUGAAGAUCAUGUAUCCGGUCAUUGUGCGUGUUGGAGAGGAGCUUACAAAUGUAUUUGCGAACAUGCAACAGGAGGAUCCAGUGAUUGAGGUGAAAGACGUCUUGGCGCGUUUCACUACCGAUGUGAUUGGUACCUGCGCCUUCGGCAUUGAUUGCAACAGCUUGAAGAAUCCAAAUUCGGAGUUUCGCGUGAUGGGCCGCAAAGCCAUAACCGAUGCGUCGUUCAAACCAUUAGCUCGGUUUUUAAUGAACUCAUUCCCCAAUCUAGCCAAAUUUUUACGUGUGAAAUUGACACCAGAUGACAUCACCGAAUUCUAUAUGCGUAUUGUGCGCGAGAAUAUCGAAUACCGUGAAAAGAAUAAUAUCAGGCGCAACGACUUCUUCGAUAUGUUGCUGGAUUUGAAGAACAACAAGCUGUUGAAAUCCGAAGAUGGUCAGAAUAUGAGCAUCACCGUAGAGGAAUUGGCAGCACAGGCUUAUGUGUUCCUGAGAGCCGGUUUCGAGACUUCAUCGACUACACUAUCGUUUGCACUCUACGAAUUGGCACAACAUCAGGAUAUACAGGAACGUGCGCGUCAGGAGGUUUUACAGGUGCUCGAACGCCACAAUGGCGAAUUCACCUAUGAAUGUAUGAGCGAACUGGUGUACUUGAACCAAGUCAUAUCGGAGACCUUGCGUAUGUAUACGGUGCUGCCAGUAUUGAAUCGCAAGUGCUUGGAGGACUAUCCGGUGCCGGGCCAUCCGAAAUAUGUGAUUAAGAAAAACAUAAAAGUUAUGAUACCUGUGGCUGCCAUGCAUCGCGAUCCCGAUCUAUAUCCCAACCCAGAUGUUUUCAAUCCCGAUAACUUUGCGCCAGAAAAAGAGGCCACACGCGACUGCAUUGAGUUCCUGGCUUUCGGCGAAGGUCCACGCAACUGCAUUGGCAUGCGCUUUGGCAAGAUGCAAGUGCGUGUUGGUUUGGCGUUCUUGCUGAAGAAUUUCAGGUUUAGCGUGUGCGACAAAACACCCAUACCUAUGGUAUACAAUAUGACAAGCUUCACCGUUAGUUCCAAAUCUGGCAUACACCUGCGUGUGGACCAAGUUUGAUUAUUUUAGACUUAAGAAUUGCGUUGAAUAUCUCAAUUGACACCUUUUUUGUGCAUAUGUAUGUGAUUUUAUUAUACAAAUAUUAUAAUAAUGAUUGAGAACAAUAGAACAAGUGAAUUUAGUGGAGAAAAA